AUGUUUGUCACCACACACUGGCUGCAUCCCGUCAAUGCCAUGAUACAGCUGUACUACGGGAGUUAUCUGGUCUUUUUCAUCAUUCUGUCAGUGAUUGUGUUCCGCCAGGCAGCUCCCAAACGUAAUUCCUGGCAAGCCAGGUUUUUUGAUGCCGCACGCAUGGGUAUAACGAGUCAGAGUAUCGAUAUUCGCCCCGGUGAUAUUGUUUCACAGGCAGGCGAUAACCGGAUGCAUAAUGCUCAUUUGCCUGGCAAUCUGCGUGUUGUCAGGGAUGAUGCGCUGAAAGAGUGGCAAAAACUGGAUAAGGCUAUUCAGCAGCAGUUUGCUAAAAAGCUAAAGAAGUGCUGUGAAAAUCCACAUAUCCCUUCAGCAAAACUGCGCGGAAUAAAGGAUUGCUACAAAAUUAAACUUCGUGCGUCUGGCUUCCGGCUGGUUUAUCAGGUUAUUGACGCUGAAUUAAUUAUCGCUGUUGUAGCUGUAGGUAAACGUGAACGUAGUGACGUGUAUAAUCUUGCCAGCAAACGAAUGAGGUGA